AUCAAACAUGCAUUUUGAAAAGACAGGAAUCUCUGCAUGGAGCCCCAAAAGACAUUCCUUUCCUCUUACCUGUUCAUAAAUCUAAUCCUAUAUAAAAGCUUCCAUUGCCCAUCUCUUGGCCACAGCAACGAAUCAAUCAAGAAACGGAUAAACCCAUCUCAGUUCAAAAAUCCCAAAGUGAUUCCAAACCAAGAAUCAUGUCUUCCAUGUCUCGCCCUCGAGUUGUUGUCAAUGGAGUCCAGAGAACGAGAACUUACCAUUACUUUUGGUGCAGGCAAUGCCAAAGAACAGUUCGGACUGCUGCAAACGAGUAUGAAGCUGUAUGCCCUUGGUGCUUAGCCCGCCUCUGGCACGAGCUCGACGUGCCAAGGCCAAGUCCGCAGCCAUCUCCAGCUGCAGAGUUACUGGAUGCAUUGGCUCAGAUGCUGGACCAGCCAACAAUUCUGCAAGGUGCAAGCUCAGGGAGGAGAAUUCGGGGGCACCGGGAGAGUGAAAAUGAGCAGGCUCGCCAAGGCUGGAUAAUUCUCCAAGUUUUCCCGCCUGCUCGGCCACCAAGGCCUCUUUCCCCCCAUGAAAAUGUGGCUGCUCAGGGAAGAAAUCCUGGGGAGGCCUCCGAUGUUGAUGGAGUGCAAGAGAUGGUCGAGGAGCUGGCUCAGAGCGACCGGUCGGGGCCUCCUCCAGCCCCUGUUUCAGCCAUUGAAGCUAUGCCAACUCUGAAACUAACGCCGGCUCAUUUGGCUGAUGAUUCGCAAUGUCCUAUAUGCAAAGAAGAAUUCGCGGUUGGAGGGGAAGUAAGAAUGAUCCCCUGCAAGCAUUUCUACCACUCUGAUUGCAUCGUCCCAUGGCUGCGGAUCCACAAUUCUUGUCCAGUUUGCAGAUACGAGCUCAAAGCUUCCCCCAACAAUGGCGUUGAAGAAUCUGAAGAUUACGACAGUGAGGCUUUUGGCGGCGAUGGACGGGCGAGGAACCACUUGAAUUGGUGGACUCAGCUGCUUUCUCUGUGGCCUUUUCGUCUGCUAACAAACUGGAUGCGCCACCAUCACCAUGACUUUCUUUUCGAAGAUGAUGACCCAUCAGCUUCUCAAGGAGGCAGCCCCUGGUGCUGGUGGCCCUCCUGGUUCAUCCCGUAAGCCACUUCCAAUCUCACCUUUAACUGCUUAAACAGUAAGUGAUGCUGACGGCUUGUGCUCCAAGCAGGUAAGUAUUUCUUUCUGACAGUAUCUCAAGAGGCAAGAAAAGCAGCAUUUGCCUCUCUUUGUAGGCACGGUAAGAUAUAAUUAUAUCAUGAUAUUAUUGCUAAAUUAAUAUAAUAAUGGAAUAUUACAAUUGCAUCAAACAUGUUAUUUAGAUGAUAUUUAUAUUGAUUACACAUAUAAUAUAAUAUAUUAAUAUAAAAAUAUCAGGAUUAAUUACAUUAAUGAUUACUCAACUUUGCAUUCUGUUACUGUUUAGUCACUAAAAUUUGUAAUAGUCAAUAAUAUUUUAAAACUAUUAUUGUUUAGUGACUGAACUUUAAAAUGUUAUUUGCUAGUUAUUAAUAUUUCAAAAUCGUUUCUCACCCGUCAUUCUUUAGUCACUGAACUUUAAGUUCACGAGUGACGGAUGAUAAAUAAUUUUAAAAUAUUAGUGACUAACAAAUAAUAUUUUAAAGUUCAAUAACUAAGUAGUAAUAGAUUUGAAAUAUCAAUGACUAAUGAAUAACAUUUUAAAAUUCAGUUACCAAAUAGUAACAUAAUAUAAAAUUAAGUUAUUAUUAGUGUAAUUAACCCAAAAAUGUCACGAUAGAGUAUUUAUACUUCUAAAUUUUUACAUUUUUUUCUCAUUAAACUAUAAACUUUUCGUGGUUUUAAAUGUAUUCUUAAACUUUGACUAAAAUCAUAUUUAUGCCUUUUAAUUUUUUGUGCUUCCAAAUAUGACUCUUGAACUAUGUAAUAGCCCCGUUUGUUGCAACUUAAUUAAAGAAAUUAUAACUUCUAGUUUUUUAGAUUAUAGCUUCUAAAACUUAGAAUAAGUUGUGAACCUGUUUGCUGUAGCUUUUUAGAAGUUGUAGUUAAGUAGUUGUGGUGUUUAAUACCAUAAGCUGUAAAAUAACUUAUUUUUGUAUAAUUAUCCAUAAUACCCUUAGUAGUUAUAGAAUGAUAAUUUAAAAAUUAAUUAGUGUAUAUGUAUAAGUUUUAAAUGUUAUAAAAAAAUUAAUUAAAGUAUAGAGAGAGAGGAAGAUGGCGAGAGAGAGGAAGAGAUCUGAAAAUAAAGAUGGCGAUGGAGAAGAAAAACCCAUGAUUGCGUAGACAAUAGGGUAAUUAUUUGUUAAAAAUAAGGGCAAAAUUGUCAUAAAAAUGUAAUCAUUUAAGCAGAAGUUGCAAAAGCUGGGGUACCCCAGCUUUGAAAAAGCCAGUUUCUACCCCUUCUAAAAACUAAUAAAAGCUAUAAGUUAGAAUUCUAUAAGUUAAAACAAACACUACAUCCAAACUUUUUUGAAGUUAGAAGCUAAAAGUUACAACUUUUAAGCUGCAACAAACAUGCCCAAUAUCACUUAUUUAAAUAUUUGACCAGCAAGAGAUACGUACUCAUACUAAUGUGGUAGUUUUUUUAGCAUUUUCUCAACUCUCUUUUUUGCUUUGGUUAUGUCUUUUUUGGCUACGUCUCUUCUUUUUCUAAUAUUUCUUAUGUUUCCUCUGAUUGGACUACAUAAAUCAAUUGGAUUAGAUGGGUUAUCGGAGUUGAUGAUCAUCCAAUCAUUUGGGAGAAUCAAAGAUGGGGCCAAUCUGGAGAGGUAGCAUUUCUCGUAAAAAAACGCAAUUAAAGAAAAUGCAAAAGACUCUAGGGAGAAGAGAUUCAAUCAAAGAGAAGGAAAAAAUUAACGAUACGCUAAAGAGAAAUAGAGAGCUAGGAGAUGUUACUGGAGACAGAAAAAGAAUUGAGGAGACUUAGAAAACUGCUAUGCCAACACGUAUGCAUAUCACUUGCUGACCAAAUAUUUAAAUGAGUAAUUUUACACAAUUCAUUGACACAUUUAGAAUUACAAAAAGUUUAAAAUUUUACA